ACAGCGCCCAAAAUUCAUAUCACUUAAAGCUCCAAGAUCAAAAGUUCCUUUUGUGCUGCGACAACUGUGAGCCCACUAAAUAAUCAUGUUCGCCUCAUGUGACUGCAGAGGCAAAUGACCUCUUCUGGUUCAAAGGUCCAUAAUUCAGUUGAUAGCUCCAUGAUCAAUCGCGUGCAUUUCUGUCUGCAGCUGACGCGUAAGGUGACGGGACAAAACAGCUGCAGUUACGCAACGGGAGUAGCCAAGCGUGUCUUUUCCUGCAGUUGUUGCAGGCAUAUCAGACCCUCAGUUCUGCGUGAACUUCGCUACGGGCAGCAAGAAUUAUCCUGCACCGUACUAUAUUGUUUACCGCGAUCAUUUACUGUGAAUUCUUGUUUCGUCGCCGUGGUGAACCAGAUUUGGCAGUAGUAUACAGCUAAUCGGUCGUAGUUUUCUUUUGCCUGCAAGCAUGGAUCUUUACGAUGUAUGGAACCACAUCAACGUCCGCACAGCCCUUCUUGGUUUUACGCUUUUCACGAUCCUCUUCUGGGUCUUCAGACGGCCAAGGAACCUCCCUCCCGGCCCUAGGGGAUGGCCGCUGCUGGGUUACCUACCGCAACUAGCCAUGAUUAAAGGGCCUAUCCACGAGGCAUUGGGAGACCUGUCUCAUAGAUACGGAAGCCUCGUGAGCUUUUCAGUGGCCAAUCAGCUCAUCGUGGUCCUGCAAGAUUAUGACGUCAUGAAAGAAGCAUUUGCCCAGCAUGAGUUGAGUGGACGGCCGAGAUUGGAGAUCAGUCAGAUAACUCUGCCUGGUUACGGCGUCCUCUCAGCGUCUGGUGAGCCUUGGGUUGAACUCCGUCGGUUCUCGGUCACAACCCUACGAGGCCUCGGAGUGGGCAAGUCAAGCUUCGAGGAACACAUCACCACGGAGACCAAGUGUCUGAUGGAGGAAAUCCGCAAAACCAAGGGGGAGAUUCUCAACCCAAAACACGUCGUAGAGAACGCUGUGUCUAAUGUCAUUUGCUCUGUAAUCUUUGGAAGGCGGUUCGAGUACACGGAUACGAAAUUCAAAAGGCUCUUGGGGGUCCUCAGUAAGAUGUUUGAGCUCAUUGGGGCAGGUGGAGUGGUCCAGUUCGUACCCAUAUUCGCCAAGAUGCAGUUCCUACCCAUCGUGAAGGAACUCAUCCACACCAACAUCAGCUUCGACGAGAUUCUCUACCAGCUGCUUUACAGCAGGAACGUGGACCAGGGAGAGUUGGACUUCAACGAGGACCCGCGAGAUUUCGCGGGAGCGUUUAUGAAGGAGAUGGAUGACAAGGAGAAGCAAGGUGUCCAAACGUAUCUGACCCCAGCGAGUAUGCACUACACGUUUGGAGACCUGUUUGGGGCCGGAACGGAGACUACUUCGACAACACUCCGCUGGACCUUGCUGUUCAUGGUCGGAUACCCUGAAAUCCAGACUCGGGUACAGAAGGACAUAGACAGAGUGGUUGGACGUAAUAGGCUACCCAGGCUGUCUGACAAACCCGAGCUACCCUACGUGGAAGCGGUCAUCAGCGAGGUUCAACGCUUGGGGAACAUUGCGCCUCUGGGAGUACCUCAUAAAUGCACCGAAGACACAACUCUGCGAGGGUAUCACAUCCCAAAGGGCGCCCUCAUCGUGGCCAACAUGUGGUGCGUUCACAGUGACCCGUCCGAGUGGCCCAAUCCCAGCGAGUUUAGACCGGAGCGAUUCCUGGACGAAGAUGGCAAGCUUGUUCGGCGGGAAAAGCUAAUCCCGUUUGGAAUAGGUAGGCGCGUGUGUCUUGGGGAACAGCUUGCACGGAUGGAACUCUACAUCAUCUUCACAUGCCUCAUGCAUCAGUUCACCUUCCGGACGCCAGAGGGCGCCGAACCUGUAGCCUUCAAGGCGUGUCACGGAAUCACGCAUGCGCCCGCUCCGUUUGAAAUCUGCGCGAAUCCGCGAGAUAAUUAGCGGCGUUUGUAUAUAAGGAAUUUGCCUAUUUGGAAAGAAAGUUUCGUUGGGAUUUUAAAACGUUUAACCUGAACGAGCUAAAGCAAGGACCAAAAGCAAGAAAGAAGAGUAUUGAAAUCAGUAUUAUAAGAGGAUAUAGUAAUAUUGGAUGUUACAAUCAUCAUAUAAUAACCUCAGUAAAACAGAUCGUAACUUGGUUGUGAGUGAUUGUAAAAGUUAUUUUUUUUUUAGGUUCUCAAUUGACAGCUGGAAAAAAAUGGCGACAAUGGAUCUCCGAAGAACCGCGCUUUCGAGUAUUUGGUUAUGCCAUAAUUCGGAGUUUAAAAUAUUAAAGAAAUCUGAAUUAGUUUCACAGAAAUUUGUUAAAUUCCUCAUUUAUUUAUCCUCUUCCUAUACACAGAAGGUUCACUUUUUUUUUUAAAUUGAACAAUAUUAACACGGGCGUCUCUAGAGGGGGUGUGGGGAUGUGCCAUUCCCAUUAUGAAUCGUUAGUGUCUACAAAAUCAUCGUAUUUUUGGUAUAAUUGUGUCCCUCGGCAAAUUGUCGCGACGAAGAGCGCCACAAUGUAAAAAGGCGACACAAAAUGAAACAUAUAAACAUAAAAUAACGAAACAAACUUCUGGGCUACAUGGUUACUAUUAUAAUUUAAUAGCUUUAAUGAUUUUUUUAGCCCAUUCGAUCCAAAGUUACUUUGUAUUUUGCCCAAUGACGUAUUGCUGUAUAAGACUGUGAUUGUGUAACAACACCCCUUUCACUGAAAUCGCACAUUAAAGGCGUAAAAUGUGCUUUGUAUACGAA